AUGCGGGAAACGACCUUCCGAACUAGGUUGGGAGUUUGCCGGGAGGCGGAGGGGCAGCCGGACUCGGAGGGAAAGGAGUCAGAACCGGAUAGCAAGCUGGAUGGCGAAACCGCUUCCGACAGCGAGUGCAAGUCGGAGGUGGCACCAGCCGCUCCGGUGGAUGACACCCCAGAGGUCCUCAACCGGGCGCUGUCCAACCUGUCUUCCAGGUGGAAGAACUGGUGGGUCCGAGGCAUCCUGACACUGGCGAUGAUUGUCUUUUUCUUCAUCAUCAUCUACUUGGGACCCCUGGUGUUGAUGAUGAUUGUGAUGUGCGUGCAGAUUAAGUGUUUCCACGAGAUCAUCACCAUCGGCUACAACGUUUACCACUCCUAUGACCUGCCCUGGUUCAGAACGCUCAGCUGGUACUUCCUGCUCUGCGUGAACUACUUCUUCUACGGGGAGACCGUGACCGAUUAUUUUUUCACGCUGGUCCAGAGGGAGGAGCCCUUGAGGAUUCUCAGCAAAUACCACCGCUUCAUUUCCUUCGCCCUCUAUUUAACAGGCUUCUGCAUGUUUGUUUUGAGUCUGGUCAAAAAGCAUUACCGCCUCCAAUUCUACAUGUUUGGCUGGACCCAUGUGACUUUGCUAAUAGUUGUUACUCAGUCGCACCUCAUCAUUCACAACCUGUUUGAAGGAAUGAUCUGGUUUAUUGUCCCCAUUUCCUGUGUCAUCUGCAACGACAUCAUGGCCUACAUGUUCGGGUUUUUCUUCGGGCGGACUCCGCUGAUUAAGCUCUCGCCCAAGAAGACCUGGGAAGGGUUCAUUGGCGGAUUCUUUGCUACCGUUGUGUUUGGGCUUUUGCUGUCCUACGUGAUGUCCGGGUACCGAUGCUUCGUCUGCCCCGUGGAGUUCAACAACGACACCAACAGCUUCAUGGUGGACUGUGAACCGCCUGAGCUCUUCCAGCUUCAAGAGUAUAACAUCCCCAUGGUGCUUCAGUCGGUCAUUGGCUGGAAAACAGUCCGGAUGUACCCCUUCCAGAUACACAGCAUCGCCCUCUCCACAUUUGCCUCCCUAAUUGGUCCCUUUGGAGGAUUUUUUGCCAGCGGCUUUAAAAGAGCUUUCAAAAUCAAGGUUUUUGCCAACACCAACCAUUGA